AGUCUUGGCAAUUGGACCCUCGCGAUCUGGCGUCUGCAACGCGAGAAAGCGAACUGUCAAAAUAACCUAACAUUCGGGACAUGGAUUUUUUGAAAAAAGAACAUAAAUAAACCAAUCUUAUUGGCCAGUGAUGUGCGUUGCUAGCUAUGUGAUUUAAAUGUGCAUUAUUUGGGGAAUAGGGCGCAACAUGACCCGUGGGGCGUUCACUCCGCGGAAGCGAGUAGUCUACCUUCUCAUCCUGACAUUCACCAUCUUCUCCCUGCUCAUCUACACAAUGUCUGGAGGAAAUAUACAGAAGGAAGAGAAGAUCGAGCAGAAGAUUCUGGAUAUGCAGGCGAGAUUGCAGUUCCUGGAGUCCCUCUACCGCUCCCGGCAACACGAUGUUCUUACCAUGCAGACCAAAUUACUGGGCGAGCAUAAACACCUGACUUCCAUCGCUGCAGUCGACAGGACCUCCACCAGCCUGUCACCAGAAAUGCAGUCGCUACUGAAGAAUAUCACAGGUUCGAGGGCGGCGGCUGGUCUACGUAACAAGCAGACGCUGUCUCUGUCCUCGGUGUUCAUGCCUCAGCUGCUGCCCCAUCUCCUGGACGACCCCUACAGCCUCACGCCGGCCUACCACAUGAAAUCAGACAAGAAGACCUUUGCUGACGUCGUCAUCGGGAUACCAACAGUGAAGAGGGACAAGGAAAGCUACCUAUUAAUUACACUUACGCAUCUCAUCGAAGGACUAUCUGAAGAUGACACUAAUACCACCCUCAUCGUGGUGAUGGUGGGCGAAACCGACCUAGAAUACGUGAUCACCACCGCCAGGCAAAUCGAAACAUUGUUCCCAAAGCAAGUGGAAACUGGAGUCAUAGAACUGAUCUCUCCACCUGCGUCCUACUACCCGGACUUCGACUCUUUACCACUGACUUUAGGAGAUUCCAAGAAGCGAGUCAAAUGGCGAACGAAGCAAAACCUGGACACCAUUUUUCUGAUGGCCUACGCUCAGAGCAGCGGCACAUUCUAUCUCAUGUUGGAAGAUGACGUGGUGGCUAAGAACGACUACAUGCAGGACAUCAAGUUCUUCACUGCGCAGACGACACGCAGCAACCCCGACUGGUUCUUCAUCGAGUACUGCCAGAUCGGCGGGAUCGGCAAGCUGUUCCGUUCUGCAGACCUCGUCCGCUUCAUCACCUACGUGCAGCUAUUCUACAACAACCUCCCCAUCGACUGGUUGCUCGAAAGCUAUCUCGCUGAUAAAGUCUGCACCAUUGAUAAGACCUCCAAAGCGUGCGGCAAGAACAAGGAAAUGAUUCGACCCAAAUACAAGACUUCGCUGUUUCAGCACAUCGGACUUUAUUCCUCUCUCAAGGGCAAAAUGCAGAAAAUCAAAGACUCCCACUUCGGCACCGUACCAACAUAUUAUCCCCACUCCAACCCGCCUCUGGACAGUGUAAAGACCACCGUGCAAGAACACUCGGAGCACACGCUUCAAAGGGCAUACGAAGGCAAUACUUACUUCUGGGGGAUCAAACCGAAGAAGGGCAACACUAUGGAAUUCUAUUUCGCCAAGCCUACGGUUAUAGAAAGAUACACUUUCCGGAGCGGCAACGUGGAGCAUGUGUCAGACAAAAUCAAGGACUGCGCGGUGGAGGUGAUGGCGGUAAACGGCACGUUCACUCAGAUCGAUGCAUUUGACGAGUUCGGCAUGGCGGACGGCAGGGUGCCCAAGGAGAUCGGACCUUUGGCGGCGAUGCGACUAAGAUUCUUGAGCGAUAGCGCCUUCUGGGUCAUCCUUAGCGAGAUCGAGCUGCACCCGCCCGAGCCAGAUGCUAGUUGACGAAUGAAAAAGAAGCCUUGGGAAAUGCUGAUCAAGAAAUUGAAGCGACAGUAACCACCUGCCACGACAGACCCUCCACCGUCCUCAAUAGGGAAUAUAAAUCAACAACUUUUAUUUUAUUUGGCUCGAUUCGGUUGGCAAAAUCUUGGCCAAGCUGAAUUAGUAUCAUUUUGACAUUCUCAUUUUAGAUCGGAUCAAAUAAAAAUACAUUGAAUUCGUCAUCAUUACCUACCGCCCAACGUUGGCUGGUGAGGCAGUCAACAUCCUCAUCUUCGAUCUUUUCGUAAUAACCAGUUCUGGACUCGACCAGAUUGUGUUAAGACCACUAAGUUAGCCCAGACGCCGUCACACUAAACAUUUGUGACGUUCCACAUACAUUCCACACACACAAAAUGUACCUUAUGGAGGGAAGUUGCUUAAAACGUUUCAUUUGCUCAUUUUUUAUUAUAAAUGCGCAUAAAUACAUCGUAACGUCACAUUUAUUUUAAAGAAAAACAUGUUCAAAAUUGACCAAAACGGUUCUUUUUCAGUUUUCGGCUAGUCUGAUAAUACUUUUACUAUCCAGACCGUUAUCAAAUUUAUCUAGAUGUAUUGGCAUCAACGUACAUUUAUCUAUUCCCGUCAUUAUAUUUCGAUGUAUUCGAUGCAUAUGUAUUGUGGUUUAAUUUAUGUUAUAAUGCGUUUUAGAGGAUUAUGUUAUCAAUUGUCUCAUACAAAAAUACCUUACAUUAAUGAUCCCUAUUGACAUUGUCUGGCUCGCAGCAACAUAUAUAUUUACCAGAACAUCACAAGUUAGUCCCAUGGAGGCCCGAAGUUAAUUGUUUAGCUAGUUACCAAGUUUAAGCACAACAUUUGAUGUAGAGAAGUGCUGUAGUUAGUAGCCACAGGUUUUGAUAUGCCAUAUAUAAUGAAGUAGCACCUUAUACCUUUAACAAUGAAGGAAUUUUUAGUCCAAUCGUUUGUAAUGUAUACACAUAUAUUUGCCAAUUAAUCUAGCAAUUGGGUUGAAUAUUAUGAAAUUUAAAUUAAUAAAUCAUAGAUUAUAAUUCGAUUUUAGCCGCGCUUUAGCUGUAUAGUGCUCGUGACGUAAUGUAAAUUACGACUGUAAAUCUGCAGGACAGCACAGAUUUGAGACUUGAUUUCUUGAUGCUAAUACUUAACAUAUGAAACUGCCGACUUAGUAUUGACUCAAUACGUGUCACAAUAAUCAGGGAUGUUAUAGACAAUACCUACUCACUCCAGACAUUUAAUCCAUAUAAAAUCAUAUCAAAAAACUAAAAA